ACAAGUCACACUAGCUUUAAAAGUGCGCUCAAACUACAACAGCCACGUCAGGCCACACUCUCAAUCAUGAGUGUCCAAUAUGAAUACUCAAAGCUUCCAAAAGAGACUACCAGCCACUUUUCCCGGGACACCACCGAUGUUCUUCUUUGGUUCACCUCUCCACCUGUCAACAUCACGGGAGGGGGAGGUGCCACUUACUCUACCACUUUGAAUAAACUGCCUCACUAUAGCUUGGAGUACUUACAUUGGAGAGCUACAAAGACAGGAAACCAAGGCGAUUCAGACAUCCAGAAAGCCUCGGAUGACAUUCAGUCAAGGCUAUCAAACUGAAUGUAAAUUUUGUUUUUGUAUUGAGACAGUGUCCAGCAAUUCCUAGUCCAACAAAGAGAAAGAAUGGGUUCCAGAAAUAAUGACUUGAAGGAACGUAAUAAAAAGUAGUU